UACAAUGCCCAGCAUUUCAAACAGAUUUCUGUGUUAGAGAAUGUUUCAGCAGUCUGUUGAGAAAAUUUAUGAGGUUGGGGAUCUGUGCAAGUGGAGCCUCACUGUACACUGUACUGAUAUUAUUGUAAAGGUUCUAGGGGAACAUUACAUUUGCCACAUUACAUCAAGGGGAACAUUACAUCAGCCACAAUCUCCAAACAAAAAGUCCUUUGAUGAUGUCAUGGCAUUUUGUGUGAAAUAUAAUUAAAUAAUGAUUUGCUUACAAUGGAGCUAAGAUGCAAGGAAAGGAAGUAAGGAAAGGAAAUGAGGAUGCACAAAUAAGAAAUGAUAAGCACCCUGGUCACGGGCUGGAAGACGGAAGGGCGAGGAAACUUGGAAGCAUCAGUUUGGUUAUUGAAAAGCAGCCCGGUCUUUAGUGUCUAUUACCAAACGCUAUCAUUUUGUCCCUCGGUGCCUUCCGUACUACAUCCAAGUGAACAGUUGUGUGUGCGCGCGCGGUUUUGUUGCAUUUCGCGGGAGCAGCAAUCACACCGCGCGCUCAGACACAAGUCUGAUUAAAAGUUCACUCAUUUCUAAAACAAAAUGAGUUUGUGGGUUGAUAAGUACAGACCAACGUCUCUGGCGAAGCUGGACUAUCACAAAGAACAAGCAAAUCAGCUCAAAAGUCUGGUACAAUGUGGUGAUUUCCCGCACCUGCUUGUUUAUGGUCCAUCGGGCGCUGGCAAAAAGACCCGAAUUAUGUGUCUCCUCCGUGAGCUGUAUGGUGCUGGGGUGGAGAAGCUCCGGAUUGAACACCAGUCCAUUGUAGCUCCAUCUAAAAAAAAGAUUGAAAUCAACACAAUUGCAAGUAACUACCAUUUGGAGGUGAAUCCAAGUGAUGCAGGGAACAGUGACCGUGUCGUCAUCCAAGAGCUAAUCAAAACAGUGGCUCAGUCACAGCAGAUACAAUCCAGCACGCAGAGAGAGUUCAAAGUGGUUCUUCUGACGGAGGUGGACCGGCUCACCAAAGACGCGCAACAUGCCCUGCGCCGUACCAUGGAGAAGUACAUGGGCACCUGUCGCCUCAUCCUGUGCUGCAACUCCACCUCUAAAGUGAUUUCUCCCAUCAGGAGCAGGUGCCUGGCUGUAAGAGUGCCACUGCCAAGCACUGAGGAGGUGUGCAGUGUUCUGAUGAGUGUGUGCAAAAAGGAAGGGCUUAUUCUCCCAACUGAGCUGGCCAAACGGAUCGCCGAGAAGUCAGGCCGCAACCUUCGCAAAGCUCUUCUCAUGUGUGAGGCCUGUCGAGUGCAACAGUAUCCUUUUUCUGCAGAUCAGGACAUCCCUGAAACAGACUGGGAAGUGUACCUCAGAGAGACGGCUAACGCCAUCGUCAACCAGCAGAGCCCACAAAGACUUUUGGAGGUUCGGGCAAGACUUUAUGAACUAUUAACUCACUGUAUUCCAGCAGAAAUCAUCAUGAAGGGGCUUGUGUGUGAGCUGCUCAGUAACUGUGAUGGCCAUCUAAAACCUGAGGUGGCACAAAUGGCAGCCUAUUAUGAACACAGACUACAGUUGGGCAGCAAAGCCAUUUACCACCUGGAGGCCUUCGUGGCAAAGUUCAUGGCCAUCUAUAAGAAGUUUAUGGAGGAUGGACUCGACAACUUCAUGUUCUGAUUUCUCUGUCAUCUUUCUAUAUUUUUGUUUUGGCUCUAAAAUAUCUGCAGGUUUUCUUUGUAUUAAACAUAACAUUUAUUAAGAUUUU